UUUUUGGUCAUUUCCUUGAAAACUCCGUCCCUAGUUUGUGUAUUCAAGUGCCCACUCCCAACAACCGCGAGCUUGCUUCUCCCUUCUCCCUCUUCCUCCUGCUCCUCCGCCGCCGACGACCUUCUUCCAGUUCGCCACCCUUCUAUAGUUACCGGGCCACCAGAACCAGCGAUGCAGAGCGCCGUUCUCUCCCCCUCCUUCACUCCGCUCCUCCGCCCCAAACCCCACGAUCCCCGCACCCGGAAACAAACCCUUCUCCGCCUCCGUCCCCUCUCCGCUGCCUCAUCCUCCUUCGCCACCGCUUCCGCCGCAUCCUCCUUCCAUGACCUCCCGCCGCUCCGCUCUUUGGUCUCCCUUCCUUCCCUUUCAGAUCGGAGGCGCAAGGACGCCCUCGCGUGCCGAGCCACCGCCGUCCCCGAGAGCGCCUCGCCCGGCGAUGGUGACGCUUCUUCCAAAUCCGGUGGGAUUCUGCAGACGCUGCAACUUGGCGCUCUGUUCGGCCUCUGGUAUCUCUUCAACAUCUAUUUCAACAUCUACAACAAGCAGGUUCUGAAGGUCUUUCCAUUCCCACUUACUGUCACGACAGUUCAAUUUGCUGUUGGAGCUGCUCUGGUCUUGUUCAUGUGGGCCACUAAUUUAUACAAGCGUCCUAAGAUUUCUGCUUCCCAGCUUGCUGCCAUCUUACCAUUGGCUGCGGUCCACACAAUGGGCAACCUGUUUACAAAUAUGAGCCUUGGCAAGGUUGCUGUUUCAUUCACACAUACAAUCAAAGCUAUGGAGCCCUUUUUCUCAGUCCUUUUAUCUGCCUUAUUUCUAGGAGAGAUGCCUACUAUAUGGGUUGUAUUAUCUCUUAUGCCCAUUGUUGGUGGUGUUGCUUUGGCCUCUCUUACUGAAGCUUCUUUUAACUGGGCUGGAUUCUGGAGCGCAAUGGCUUCUAAUGUAACCUUCCAAUCUCGCAAUGUGCUCAGCAAGAAAGUCAUGGUUAAGAAAGAGGAAUCAUUGGAUAACAUAAAUCUCUUCUCCAUAAUAACUGUCAUGUCAUUUUUCCUUCUUGCUCCUGCAACUUUGUUUGUGGAGGGCAUCAAGGUUACCCCCACAUAUUUGUUGUCUGCUGGUUUGGAUCUUAAUCAAUUAUAUCUGAGAUCACUUAUUGCUGCAAUGUGCUUCCAUGCUUAUCAGCAGGUUUCAUAUAUGAUACUCGCAAGAGUAACACCUGUUACCCACUCUGUUGGCAACUGUGUGAAGCGUGUUGUUGUCAUCGUCACUUCCGUCCUUUUCUUCAGGACUCCGGUUUCACCCAUCAAUUCACUUGGUACUGGGAUCGCCCUUGCUGGAGUUUUCCUGUACUCAAGGGUGAAGAAAAUCAAGCCUAAGACUGCGUGAUUAGCUUAUCUUCUCUUUGUUCUUGUUCAUGGAAAACUAAACUCAAUUUAGAGGAUAAACUUUUUCUGUUCUCAUUGAUGCUGUGCUUCCCAUUUGCUUCACAGCAUAUGGCUAAGUUUUGAAUUCGAACGUCUGUUUUCUUUCUUAAUAUUUGGAGUUUGAAGCAAA